CUCCACGGACUUACUGCACGUCGUUCACUCACUUCACACUCCACCUCAGCAGCCAAACUCAGACUCAACGGCAACAGUUUGUUGUUGACUUUUCACUAUCGACUAUAUUACUCCUACAAAUACAAACAGUAAAGUACCAGCACAAUGGAGUAUCUGAGGACACGGCUUCAAGAAGUCACAGGACAUCAGCUGGAUGUUACCCCAAUUUUUGAAUUCCUGCAUAGCUUUUCUCUCGGCUUAUCACAGGCAACUAAAGCAAGAGUCGAAGAAUUUGAAUGCAAAUGGAAAGCCCAACCAUAUUGCAAGCAACUAAUUCUGGCAUAUAUCUUGGGCUCUUGGAAGCCUCACUCCGCUGCAAGAACUGCUGAAAUAAUUUCCCAAAGAACAUGGGACGAUUAUGCAAAUCAAGUAUAUCAAGUUACUUCAGUUACCUCAAGUUGCACUUCGACCAUCGGUCCUUUCACAUUCAGGGAAAUGAUUCAGCACGAAUUUUGGAAGGACCUGUACGAUGCGUUUGGACAGAAAGUGGUUGCAUUCGUACUAGAUAAAGCAUUGAUCAUUUUCGAAGUGGAAUCCCAAUUUUAUCUGCUUAUUGCUGCCGAAGGUUCGACCUUGCACCAAAAGAUCGCCAAGGCGCCGAUCCGUCCAGUCACACGAAGUGGAGGUGGACCACGUAUUACUUCAACUAAAUCGUUCAAUCCCUACACACUAAAUGAGAACGAUAUAAUCAGCCAAGUUGACCAAGUUCCGAAAGUAGCACCUGUGGAAAUUUCUCGUCCACAACUCCAAAAACGAAAACGACGCAUUUCCACUGAUCAACAGGAUCGCGAUGGACUGGCCGCACAUUUCCACAAGAAAGUCAAAAUCUCUGCAACAAUCGACUACAAAAGAGCGGAACCUCUAUUUAGCCAUCGUAAUAGUGAAAAACAAAUUAGCAGCAAAGAAGCAAUAGGUCAAAAUACUAAAGGUCUAAUUAGAUGGUUCAAACCCACUCAAAAGAUUUUACACUUGCUACUUGAGACUCGUGAAGCAUUGAAGAAAACCAGUGGAAUUCCUCCUUCUAUCACUCAACCACCUCGGCCUGAAGAUGCAAUGACACAAUUACACUUUGUUGGCAUUAUGGAAAACCAGGAAUUUGGAAAAAUAGCGCGUCUUAACGUGGUUCACAAGCAGUACAGGCCUUUAGACUUUAAGAAACCUAUUCAUAUUUCUGGUGAGUGGGAAGGACUUGUAAUAAAAGAGCCUGAAACUCGUUCCUCUGAUCGUAAGUACAACGUGAACGUUUAUCGUAUUUCUGAAGAUUUCGCUCGUAAAAACAACAUUCGGGUGAAUAGAAAACAGCGAAGGGGGAGAAAAUAUCCAUCAGAAAGUUAUUCAUCAUCCCCAAUCUCCAUUCAAACUUUGGAAAAAACAAAUAUUGCUCACCCACUACCACUGCCUCCUGCACUACCCAUCGACUGCUUCUAUACCAAGGAUGAUGAUGCGGAUCACUACAAUCCACUAAUGACUUUGAGCACGUUACCGGCACUGUACAACAAGGGUUCCUGGUCGCGCUGGCCUCAUUCUCAUAUCCUUACAAUAGUUUCUUCCAAACCCCUGAAAGAAGCUACGCUCCUUCUUCUUGAAGAUAUCCUAGGCACUGACGUAGGUGCACCAAUGUACGACACGAGAAUUUCUAUCAAUGAUUUUCCAGAGAACUGUCUUCUUUGGGAUAUUCUCAAGAAGCUCAUUAUGUUUCAUAAGCGUGCUCACAAUGAUAUCCACAAGCUCGUAAAACGGUGUAUAACAUAUUGGAUGAUUAAACUUCAAGAAAAGUUUUCAUCAAAGCAAAACAAAGCUAAUCAAAAGAAAGGACGGCAAAGGUUCGAACAUGGUAAUAUUGUAUCAUCACCACAAAAGAAUUCCCCAGAGACAAUAGACUUGGCGACAGGGAGCAAGUUUAUGCUGUCUAGUGAAUUGACGACCACUGGAGGAGGAAGAGGCAAUCAAUUGAUAAUAGAAACUUCCAUUCUUUGCACAACAUCUGAUGGGACCAAUAAUCAAAAUUCCUCGGAAAUCCUACAACCAAGCAAUAAAGAACCCGUCAAAACCGCGUCUGGGCAAGAAAUUAAGCGACCUGCUAUUGAUUCAAAGUUGAAGGAACGUAUACCACAUUCAUGUAUUCUCAUGACGCUGAGACACAUUUUGCAUCUCAGCGGACUGGAAGUGGCCAUCGGAUCCAAGAAAAAUUUAAGGAACUUUCACCUAUUUGUGAGAAAAUCUAUAAUCUUGGCUGGCACAAAAUCGUCCCUCCAGUUGGGACAGAUGAUGUCACAGUUGGACCCUUCAACUGCUUUUGGCAAUUGGAUGCCUCUUGACAUGAGUUCAUCUACCAGAAGUUGCCUCUUUGCAAAAAUUGUGACAUGGAUUUUCACAACUUACCUAAUGACGGUACUAAAAACCAGUUUCUAUGUAACGGAAAUGAACACGAGCCGGCUCCAUGCUUGCUUUUAUCUUCGAGAAUCUUGGAAAAGUAUAAGCGAAAGCGUGCUACAUCGUCUUGUAAAGUCUGGCACAUUGGGUCAUGUAGCCAAGUUACCUAUGAAAUUUACCGCUAAAGCUGAUCAACGUCGGUUUCUGCAAGGGAUUAAUUCUAGAAUUCGAUUUUUGCCCAAAAUGAAUAAUGAUAUGCGUCCAAUAAUUUCCUUAUAUGGGGAAGCGAGAAACAAAUGGGACGAGAAAAAUGCAAAGUUGCUAAUUGAUUAUAUAGUGAGAACAAAGUCGCCACACAGACUCCGGGACACUAACGUUCUUCGUCAACGCUGGCUGAAAUUUUUAGGAGAGUGGCAGAGGCAAAACCGACCCAAGCUAUAUUUUGUUAGAGGAGAUAUUCAGAACGCAUAUCCAUCGGUCAAUAUUACGAAGCUCAAGAGAAUCCUAGAGAAUCUGACACCGGAACUUGGCACCUUGACUCGAAAAGAAUUUAAAGUAUUCUCGAAAACUCGAGCUAUGUACAGGAAGGUCAUCAUUUGCUGGAAACGCCCAGAGAUGUGGACGGAUUCCAUAUUUGCUCGGCCGUGCCUGGUUCAACAUAAUGACAGUCAUAGUAUACAACUGAAGCCAGAGGAGGUGUUUAAAAAAUUGUAUCCAUACUCUAACAAGAGUGUUUUGAGAAUUGGAAAACACAAAUACAAUUUUCAAAAGGGAUUACUUCAGGGAUGGGUGUUGUCGGAAGGAUACUGCAAUUUGUACUAUGGCCAAAUGGAUGCCGAAUAUUUUUUUAGAUUCCUCAAUAACAAUGGAGAGUUUUUUAACACGAGUAUAGACGAUUACUUAUAUAUUACUCCAAAUCCAAAACGAGCUGCCAAGUUCUUGGACAAAUUACGAGCUGGUGUUUCAAGAUUCAACUGUAAAUUUAAUGCUAACAAGAUGUCGACAAAUAUUUAUCCAACAAUUCAUUGGCCAAUUUCUCGUCAAGAUUGUGAAUGGGUUACAUUUUGUGGUUGGUGCUUUUGCUUGACCUGUGGUCACAUUAUGAGGGAUUUUAGUGCAUAUGCGGGACAAGAUAUGGCAUCAAGCAUAUCGUUCAUUCCUUGGAAUGUUACCAGCCCAGAAAACUUUUUGGUGGCUAGAAUGAAGGUGAUGCUACCGGCUCGUCUCCACCAUUUCAUCUUGGACCCCUCCAUAAACUGUCGAAGUCGGAUAGUUUUAAAUAUUUUGGAAGCUGGAUUAGUCUUUGCAUUUAGAUUUUAUGCAAUUUGUAGAGUUAUCUAUCCCAAUCUUAGUGCUCUGAAAUAUCCCAAACGAGCAAAGCAGAGUAUAUCUGCAAUCAUUGUGUGCGCUGGGGCAGUAUCGAGAAUCAUCCUACGCACGUUUGAAACGACGUACACCUCUGGAACAAUGAAUAUCCAAUGCACACCUGGACGUGAAGCAUUUUGUCCAUGCAUUAAUUCAUAUCAUGGUUUGUCUGAGACAGGAAGACAUCAACUAAUAAAAUCCCAAUCGCAUAAUCAGAAAGAUGAUGCCAUUUUGACAAUGCCAUUGCACCAACAUGAGAUUCUCUACGUUAUUUAUCAUGCAUUUACUUUAAAAUUUAAUCAACAUUCUUCAGUAUUUGGCGAGGAAGUUUUGCCCAGACUAAACAAAAUGAAACAAUUCCAGAGAUCUUUAAUAAAUCAAGAAUUGCGCAAUUUCUUGGAUAAGGUUCUUGAUAAUCGCAUGCCGUUUCAUUUUAAGAACAUUAAAGUGUAGCUACUUAUUUUAAGGAGUUUAUACUUUUGUGAUAUUAGUUAUUUAAAUUUAGCUAUAUAAAAAAAUCUCGUUUGUAAAAUAAAGUACAAUAAAUUGGUUAUAAAAUGAA